GGGGGGGCGGGGGGAGCCUUGGCCCGCCCCACACGGGCAGCAGCGAGGCUGUCCUGCGGCAAUGUCAAGGCGGCCGCGGCGGCGGCGGCGUCACGGCUGCUGCAGGCUGCCGGCACCUGUCACGGCUGCCCGAGGAGACACAGGGGCCGCAGCCCCGCAGGGACCCCAGCGCCAGCGGGCACUGUGCGAGGCGAGGACGACGUGGCCGGCCAGAUGGGCAGCACCAUGGAGCCCCCCGGGGGCGGGUACCUGCACCUCGGCGCUGUGACGUCCCCCGUGGGCACAGCCCGCGUACUGCAGCUGGCCUUUGGCUGCACCACCUUCAGCUUGGUGGCCCACCGGGGCGGCUUCGCGGGCGUCCAGGGCACCUUCUGCGUGGCCGCUUGGGGCUUCUGCUUUGCCCUCUCGGGCCUCGUGGUGGCCUGUGAGUUCACCCGGCUCCACAGCUGCCUGCACCUCUCCUGGGGCAACUUCACGGCGGCCUUCGCCAUGCUGGCCACGUUGCUGUCGGCCACGGCCGCCGUCAUCUACCCGCUGUACUUCACCCGGCUGGAGUGCCCGCCCGAGCCCGCGGGCUGCGCCGCCCGGGACUUCCGCCUGGCAGCCAGCGUCUUCGCCGGGCUCCUCUUCCUGGCCUACGCCGCGGAGGUAGCCCUGACCCGGGCCCGGCCGGGCCAGGUGGCCAGCUACAUGGCCACGGUGUCAGGGCUCCUCAAGAUCGUCCAGGCCUUCGUGGCCUGCAUCAUCUUUGGGGCACUGGUCUACGACAGCCGCUACGGGCGCUACGUGGCCACCCAGUGGUGCGUGGCCGUCUACAGCCUGUGCUUCCUGGCCACAGUGGCCGUGGUGGUCCUGAGCGUGACGGGCCACACGGGGGGCCUGGGCUGCCCCUUCGACCGUCUGGUGGUGGUCUACACCUUCCUGGCCGUGCUCCUCUACCUCAGUGCCGCGGUCAUCUGGCCCGUCUUCUGUUUCGACCCCAAGUACGGUGAGCCCGGACGGCCCCCUGACUGCCCCAGAGGCGGCUGCUUCUGGGACAGCCAGCUGGUGGUGGCCACCUUCACCUACGUCAACCUGCUCCUCUACGUCGCCGACCUCGCCUACUCCCAGAGGAUCCGCUUCGUGCCCCCCCUGUAGCCCUGUGGGCAGCAGUCCACCCACCUGUGCUCCCCGGGGACUCCCGGCACCUCGGGGGGUGGCCCGGGUGAACCCAGACCCCCGAGGAGCCGGCUGGAGGGAGGCAGGCAGGACAGGUGCUCCUGGACCUCGGGCAGUGCUCCGCAGCUAGGCUUGGGGAGGCGGGAGGGAAGACAGACGGGCUGGCAGCCCUGAGCAGGACAUAGGCGAGCAUCCUCCCCGAGAUAGCUCCCAGCCCUCUCUGUCUCUUUCUAUCUCCAUCUGUCUCCCUGUCUCCCUCUCUCCAUUUCCUGGCUUUCCCUGGCUCAGUGCUACCCACUGUAACACAAGAAGCCUUUGAAGUAGGCGCUGUGGUGACCCACUUUAGAGAUGGGGACACUGAGGCUAGGAUUUUGGAGGCAGCCUCACGUGCACGUCAGCGUCUGGAGAUCACACUCAGGCUGUGUGACCUAAGCAGAGUUGGAAAGGGGACAAUUCCUGCAGGUCUGGGAAGGGGAUGGAAAGGAGCCCAGGAGAGGGUCAGAGCUGGACCAGCAGAGGGACAAGGGGACCUGGCUCCUGUAGACUUGAGGGAAGGGUCCCCAGAGCCCUGGAAGGAGGCUGUCUCAGCAGGGCCCUGCUGGGGAGUCAGUGUGCACCAGCUCAAAGAGAAGGAGCCAGGACUUGGGGCCCCACCUUGCCCACCUCCACGCGGUUAUAACAAGGACAAGGGCCACGGUGUGGUCACACAAGGCAGCCUCGGAGGCACCACAAUGAGCACAGAAUGCUGGGGGGCGGGGGGCGGGGAGGUGGGUCCCCACCCAGGGAGGGAGUGCCCGCCAGGCGCUCACCAUCAGCCCUGGGAAUCAGCUUCUGCAGAGCUUGUGGGGCGGGGGGGGUGCCCAGGGAGGCUAGUCUGGAACCGCUGGGGGAGGGCCCAGCCCCUCGGCCACAGCGCCUGGGCCCCGGGUCCCUCCCUGGUACUCCCAGGCCCAUGACCUCCACUCAAGUAUCCGUUCACCUGGCCGCUGACCACCAGAGCCCAUCGGGACUGUCACCCUCCACGCUUUAGCCAGCUUCUCCUGCUCAAGAGCCCAGACGGGGCCACCCCAGAGUACAGUAGCCCCUUAGCCCAGCGAAGGGUCUAGGGCCUCGAGCAGGAAAUAAACGCCAAUGUUGACCCGCA